AUGGACUACAAGAUGCGGCUGAGGCCCCUGGCUGUGGCCGCCGCGGUCGCCGCAGCGCUCGCAGCGUCGGCCGCCGCGGCGUUCGCGGCGCCGGGCGGCGCCGCGCCCGAGGCCCACUGGCGUCUCGCGCAGGGGCCGCCGCUGCGGGGCCUGGCGGCCUCGCCGGUGGCGGUGCGCACCUCCGCCGCCUCGGCGACGCACGGCGGGGGCGCCGCCGGUGGCGCCUGGGCUGGGAUGGCCGGCAUCGCGGGCCUGUGCCUUGCGGCUACUGCGGCCGCCGGGAGGCGCGCCGCUCGCGCCACGGUGCUGCGGCGCCUGCGCAUCGCCGGCAAGGAGAUCCCCCGUAACAAGCCCAUCGCUUACGCGCUGAAUUGCGCGAUAUUCGGCACGGGCAUCAAGUCCUGCAAGCACAUUUGCCACCAGGUUGGAGUCGACCCGAACACGCGGACCUUCCAGCUCAGCGAGGACGAGGAGCUCAGGCUCGUCGACGAGUACGCCAAGUGGACGGUGGAGAACCCGCUGCGCAGGAUGAUCUCUGCAAACAUUAAGUUGCUGAAGUCGGUCAAACAUGAGAGGGCAAUCCGCCUGGAGAAGGGCCUGCCUGUGCGCCACCAGGUGACUCGUAACAACGCCAAGACCGCCAGGAUUCUCAACCCUGGCCGCAUCACACUCUGA